AUGAACAGAAUAUUCGGAUAUGGAAAUAAAAAAAGCCACGAUCAACUCUUGCAAGAGUCCAACCAAUCCAUGAAUCAGGCGCAGCAAUCGUUGUCAAACAGGAUAUCCCAGCUAGAUACUCAAAUUGCCCAAUUAAACUUCCAACUGCAAAAUAUUCAGAAAACUUUACAAAGAUCAAACAAUAAGCAGCCUUCAUUGAGAAAACAAGCUCUGAAAAUUUUAAAUAAACGUAAACAGUUGGAAAAUAUGAGGGAUUCGUUGGACUCUCAGUCUUGGUCCAUGACACAAGCUCAGUUAACCAACGAUAACUUACAAAACACAAUGAUCACAAUAAACGCGCUAAAGCAAACUAAUAACGCCAUGAAAGCUCAGUACGGCAAGAUAAACAUAGACAAGUUACAGGACAUGCAGGAUGAAAUGUUGGAUCUGAUAGAACAAGGUGAUGAACUGCAAGAAGUUCUGGCAAUGAAUAACAACAGCGGCGAACUUGACGACAUCAGUGAUGCGGAGUUAGAUGCAGAACUGGACGCUCUCGCACAAGAUGAUCUUACGUUGCAAGCGACUGAAAACCCAUUCGGUAAUGAUAUGCCCAAUUAUUUACUAGGCGCUAACGCGCCACCAACUUUCAUUGAUGAAGAGCCAAACCUUGAUACUGCAGACAAAAAUAAAGCUUUAGAAAGCGCCCAGUGA